CCGCCCUUUUUGAUCGCUUUUGCAAAUGGAUCUAAUUUUUGGAUGUUGAGAUCUGCCAAAUCAGCUUCGACACAAUCGAUUUUAGUCUUCUACUCUGGAAGCCAGUCGCUUCACCCUCUAGUACCUUCGUCUCACGCAUGAAAUUUUUUCUAGUCCAGCAACAAGGCCAAGAGGGUUUAUUUUUAGCAACCACUGAAGUAGUAAGGCUAGGGUUUCUUCGAGGGAUGCGCAUUCGCACAAAAUGAGUGGCUUAGGUCUACACGUUUUUGUACAAUUGUAAAGAAUUCUUGUGCGACGUUUUUACAUUUCGCUCCCACCAUGCCAACCUUUAUUCUCGGUGAUUCAGUGCUGCCGAUCACGAAGGCGAACAAAUGGUGGACCAAAGUGGAAGAAGCGCCGCUGCAAAUCCUCGCCGCCCGGGCGCCGUACCACUGCUAUGUGGAAAAGCUGUACUACUGGAACAUCAGCCCGCGCGCGCAGAAACUCGCACUGUGUCCCUUCAACAUAAACGAAAGUGCGGGCCUGUUCUCGUCGACCUUUGAUGCGGAGAAGACAGGUAUACACAAUUUGCGCUUGUUGGAAAACCAAGCAUUUUUUUCUUCACGAUUUUUGAGUUCUCUGUAGGUGAAUGAAGUUUGGUAUUUUGUUGUGCUCACCAAUUCAUUUUGAAGCAUAACUCAGGUACUCCCUGUUCCUUCGCGUUCGUGGCCGAGAACACGGAAAAUACGCUGCUUGAGCUGGAACUCAAUCCACCCCUGUUGCUCAGACGGAGCGAAAACAUCGGCAUGUGGGACCAGGAGAGCGGGGCACUCAACGUCGUGUAAGUCUAGUAAAGUUGCUUGUUUGAUGUUCCGCUCUGAAAUUUUAAUUUUUUUCAGAUGUAGAAAGAGUGGUAAUAAUAUUCAAAGGAAUUCAUGAAGCAAAAACACCUCAGGUCCACUUGGAAACGAACGUUCGCCGGCUCUUUCAGUGGCAGCAGCGAUGACCAUCUGGGCUACUUCCAAGCCUCCACACACCAUUUUACCGGCGUGAAAAAGGUAAAGUCCUACCUUGCCUUAUCAUAUGUAAAAACGUCCCCACACCAGAGUCAAGAUGGGGAUUUUGCAACACAAACCUUGAAGUUUGUGGGGUCACGCAUGACAAGUUGCAUGCUGUACUGUAGUGCAGCUUAGCAAGGGAAGCCGCAUAACACAUCCAUCUCCUUAUCCUGUUUGCAACAUUACAAGUUCCAAAACACGAUGGGAAAUGCCUCUCAUGGGGAUGCGCAUUACAAAUGCUCCUGUGCUUGCAAAUCUGCAUGACAACUCUGGGGUGGGGAUGUUUUUUCAUAGGAUAUGCCUACAGCACCAACUGGUACGUGACCUUCCGGCGACUCACCAAGGAAGAGCUAUGAACUGCAAAAAUGUCUAGGUCUGGAACUUUGCUCGACUUGGCAUGCAGGUUUUCCAUGACCCCUAUGAUCUGUUAAGGAGGACCUAGCAUGACAGAUUCCGUGAGAUCACUAUCAUGCCUAUCCUGAAUUAGAAACUGCCUCUCAACUUGGUCAAAAGUGGACAGCGUUUGGCAAUCCUGCAACACAGAUUUUUGCAUGAUGCAGAUUUAGCAUGACAAGUUCCAACCUUGCAGACCCACACAUUUUUGCAGUGCAUAAGAGCGGGACGCGAGCAAAAAGAAGAAAAAGCCCGAGAAGACGCAGCCGGUUUUGCAGCUUGCGAACAGUGACGAAUUCGAGCGAAAAGCGAGCUUGCGAAUUGCUUCACUGCAAUCCGGCGACGCGAAUUUGCGGAGGCAUCCUCUAGUUCUCCAGCAAAGCGGCUGUACGAAUUCUGCGGACGAUCAUUUGCCUGAGCUGCAACUCGAACCCGCGCCGGCAGGAUACAAACCGAGGCCCGUCGCCGAGCAGCAGACCGCGACCUCCACUGGUGCAGCGACUCACAGCGCUCAAGAAACAAGCAGUAGUUCGAGUCAGAAGAAAGAGGGGAAAAGAAAGAAAAACGCCGCAAAGGAAGGCGAAGAAAUAUCAGGAGAUCCGUCACUUCCCGGAGAAGGCAGCGACGACGCGGCGGUCUUCGAGAGCGAGCAGAUAGAACCUGCUCCUGUGUCGCUCAAUGACGUGACGCCGAAGCCAAUGGAAUGCUCGGAGGAGUCAACGGUUGAUGACGAGAUGAACACGACACCGGGGUUGAGCACCUCUAUGUCACGGGAGGAAGAGGAGAAUCAAAUACCCGAGAUCGCGGACUGAAAUUUUUUGACGACUUGUUUUCAAUCAUUUUUCGCACAAAUAAACCAUAUUCACCACCUAGCGACAGCAUAAACAUUUGACAGCAAAAGUGCUAGUAUUUUUGCCUCCUUCGCUUAUUUCAAAUAGCGAAAUGAGAUGUGUGACGUUGCCUGCUCAUGUUCAUCUCUUUUCCAGUAAACUACUUAUACUCCAAUGAUCAAGCG